AUGAAGUUCUCUUCCGUUGCCACAUCCUUUGGCUUCGCCACCAUGGCGAUCGCCAUGCCCUUUACCAACAACACCGCGGCCGCCAUGCCGUACACCAACCAGACAGUCUCGGUCCUGUCGGUCCGCGAGGACAAGCCCGACCCGGCCCUGGCCAAGACCAAGCUCGAGCAGCUCCCCGGCGCCGCUUGGGCCGUCAAUUGUCUCAACGACUGCAACAAGAACAUCGGCUGCAUCGGCACGUGCGUCGAGAACUAUGGUUCCCAGGGCAAGAACAACAAGCCCGACGCCGCUGCCGUGGAAAAGGCCACCAAGGGCCUGGCCACUGUCAUUGGUCUCUUGGAUUGCACCAAGAAUUGCAACCAUGGACUGAUCUGCAUCCUGGGCUGCAACGUCAAGCCCGCUCCAGCGUCCUAUACGGACAUCCCCUCUUGGCCUGAGAAGAUUGACCAGGCGGCCAAGACCAUGGAGUGUGCCGAAAAGUGUGAGGGAGCUAAGAAGAAGAUCUGUAUGCUCCAAUGUAUCUAG